CUUUUGUGAUUCUGGAUCCACGCCCUAGUUAUCCUUGGAGAUGUGUUUCCAGAUUCUCCACAGAAGGAAGUAGUUUCCUCUGAGCUUAACCUAGCACUUUUUGUACCUUGUAUGACAACCACUAUUUUAUGUAACAGCUGCUUAUGCUUAUGUUCUUCGCUUCACUACUAUGUUCAUGCCUAAAUAGAAUGGCUUGUACCAGAUUCAUCUGCCUAUCAUUUUACACUGCACAUGAUAUUUUGGGAAAAACUGUAUCCAACAAUUCAGAUAUGGCAGAAGUGAAGUUCGUAUUCCGGGAAGUUCUUCCAAAACAAGGACAGUUGUCUGUGGAAGAUAUAACCACAAUGGUGCUGUGUAAACCCAAACUUUUACCCUUAAAAUCUCUGACUCUGGAAAAACUGGAGAAAAUGCAGCAAGCAGCAAAUGAUACAAUUCGCCAACAAGAAAUGGCAGAAAAGGAACAGCAGCAAAUAACUCACUGAUAACUUGGCACUUCUAUGUAACACCCUACCUUACUUACUAUUAAUAGCUAGUAAAUCUGUGUGGCUGAAAGUAGUAUGUGUUAAUAAAACUGAUAGUUUUCAUAUAAAUAAUAUAAAAAUACCCAAGACCAAUGAAACUUGUAUUGUGAAUUUCAACACUCUGGUUUGUAUUGAAGUAAUAAAAAAACUGUGAACCCAAAUUUUAUGGGGUUUUUUACCCCGUUUUUUAGAACUGCAAAUUACUGUUCUCCAUUCCUAUUACUAUCAGUUUUAUAGAUAACAUCCUUAGGCACAAGUGAUUAAAUGCAACUUUUAUAUUCAGAGAAUCUUUACAUGUUUAUUAAAACCUGAAUUUGAAGAUAUAUUCUAGUCUUGUGUUAAGUGUUCAUGCUGGGCUUUUACAUUACCUAAUUGUAAAACUUUCUUAAGAAUUUUGUGUCAUGUCAUGUUUAAGGCUAUCUUGCUUGACCAAAUGAUCCUACCAGUAAUGACAAAACUGUAUUUCUUAAAAUAAAUUCCAUUUUUAAGAAACCCUCA